AUGGAGGAGACUCCGCGGACGGCGGCUGCCGUUCGGCUCUGCGAUGUCGAGCCUUCGUUAGGCGCUCAGGGAGAUCAUUGGGAGGUCACGAUGGCUGCUGGACAGCAGGAGGUCGCACUGGAGACUUCAGCAGCAUCGGCGCAUGAAGCCUGCAGACAAUGCCAACAAGAAGAGACCGGCAGGGCGCCUGCGGCGGCGCAGGCAUCGCCCCUUCAUGACCUUGCGCCGUUCGUUGAUCGGACCGGCCCAAACACAGGGCAAGAGAUAUCAGUGGCCUCUUGUGUCACUCGAGAUCCGGCGGGCAUUUUUAAUCCUGUUUGCUGGGCGGACCGCUAUCGCCAGCGCUUUGUCUCACCGCUCCACGUGCCAGGGGCGCCUGAGCUCUCAAAGAAAACGCGCAGACGCCUUCUCCAGUUCAACAUUGUCGAUCUCGUGGAUGCGACACUUGACGCGCUUGCUUUCCAGACGUCUCUCGCAUCUUCACUCUUCUUACCACGAGCCCCGGGGCUCAGCGCCUCACGCCCCGAGGCUCCCUCUUCGUUUCCCUCUCUACAUCCACCGGCUGCUGGGAACGCGUGCCGGGACCCGCAUGCCCCCCCUCCGCGGAGCGCACCGGCGUUGCCUUCGGGCCUGCGGAGAUCAGCCCGCGACCAGAAUGAAGCAGAGCCAGUCGCCCCACAGGCAGACCAAAAACAUGCGGGCGGUCAGGAAGGAACCUCGCCGAUCUUUUUCAGCGAGGGAGCUUCUUUUCAAUCUCCAUUUUCGUCAUCACACCGUCGGAGCCGCCCUUUGGGGGGACGCCGAGGUGCUCAAGCCUCUCCAGAAGAGGACGCCGAACACCCAGCUUCGCACGCCCUUCAGAGUUCGCGGCUCGCCCCCGCUGUCGCUGCGCCCCUUCGGGCCCUAGAUGCAGCGGCCGUGAACAACUGCACUCCGGGGCGGGGACCCGCGCGGCGUCUGUCUCCUCGUCCGAAGCCGGGUGCCCGACUCGCCGCGAGACAGAGAGACAGAGCCCACGACUCCGAUGCCCACGCCUUCCUCUCGUCUGCGUGCACCCACCCGGUCUACGAGCUAAUGGCUUUGCACAUCCGAGGGGCCCCCGCUGAGGCUGCGACGACGAGGGACGCAGCGCAUCGCGGGACGUGUCGGGAGGGCCUUCGUGCAGGCCCUGAGUCUGACGUCGGUCCUUCACUUUGCGCAGCCAAGUCAGCGCCCGCGCAUGGAGGCGCUCGCGCCCUCCACGGUCCCAGCGAAGGCCUCCAAAGCUGCUGCAUCCUUCACUCGCAGCAAGGCGCCGAUCUCGGCGGUCUUCCCGCCCACUUCGUCUCUUCAGACGUCCUUUCCAACGUGACCCAACAGCCCGCGACAUCGUCACAGAGCGACGGCAGACCAAGCGCAGGCGCGGGGGGCGAGGAGCGUCGCAGGGCGUGUUCAGAAGCAGAGAGAGACGCCCGAGCUAUGGUCAGCGAUUGCCUUCGCCCCAUGCUGCCAGAACUUCCUGAAGGAGCCUCGUCUGCUCCAUGCGCCGCGCACGCGUCGCUCGAGAAGAUCGCAACCUCGACAACGAGGGCUGUGGCCGAAGAGAGACUGCGGGGAGGGCCCGGAGUCUGCGGCACCUUCUGGAGGCUUGCGGGAAAGGCGCAGCUCUACCAGGUGCCCACACCCGAGGCAGGCGCGGAGCUGCGGGAUCGAGAGACACUUUGCCGUGUGCCCGAUAUGUCCGCUUUCAUCGCGUCUGCGCCUGAGUGCGCCGCGCCCCUUCCUCACCACAGCUUCUCUGGAUUUGCCUCCUUCGUCGAACUGCGCCGGGUAAAGUCGCGCUUCGACCCGAAAAACGCGAACGGGGCGGGGCAGAGACCCCGCGGCCUCAGUGUCGCUGGGCUUCCCAUGCUGAGUACUGCAGCGCCACCGCCUCUCGCGGCUGCGCUCCCGAGCCUCGACGCGUUCCGCGAGGAGGUGGAGGCGGCGGUCCGCCUCCCGGCCUGCAUGAAGCCCGAGCAGCGCCCCACAGGACACUGCGGAGCUGUGGGGAAUUCACGUCCUUCGGGAAGCAUGUUGACAGAGGUGAAUCAACACGAGGGCCCCCAUACGAACUGCAAGCGACCCGAGGCGCACAAGAGAGAACGCGGCGAAGUCGCAGUGGAACCAGAAAGCACCUGCGUCUUUCGCGAGACUCGCGACGCAGACCCAGGCGGUGGGAUCGCCUCAGAUCAUGCGUUGCGACCGCCAGAGGGCGAGGAGUGCGCAAGGCGACUUCCCUCCGCUCCGCAUGCCUCCGCCGGCGGUGAGGGGCGGCUGCAGGCGGACGACGCGGCAGGUGAGGGCACUCGGCAAACGCGCCCCGAUGAGGUGGCGUCUCCACGCGCCGGGAGGCCUUCACACGCCAGAGGACUGAGACAUCGCAGCGGGGCAAGCGGCUCAGAGCGAGCAGAGGAGCCAUCAGAGGAGCGAGUAGAGGCGCAUGCCAAAGCGCGUCUUGAUGGUGGGCCCCCUGCGGGUGCCGCCGGGCCUGUCGCAUCAGAUAAGCGCCCUUCGACAACAGGCGCGCAAGGCGGUGCGGCAGGCCCCUCGACGAGCGGAGGCUGCCCGGUCUGUUGGCAGUGCAGGAAGCCGAAACCCGUUGCGGAAGUCUACCAUGUGGCGAUCAUUGGCGGCGGCAUCGCAGGCAUCAUGGCGGCGAGUCUUUUGCGGCUGUUCAACUGUCGCGUGGUCCUCAUCGAGGCGUCUCAGCGCCUCGGAGGGCGCAUCCACACGCAGCUCCUUCCUGCUGUGGGGGGGGGCGCCCCCGCCGCGACCGACGAGGCGUCUGCUAUGGGGCCUGCCUGCGCUGCCUCGCCAGCACCCGAGGGCACCAGAUAUUCAACGCACGCUCGGGCUUCAUGCGCGACUCUUCGCAGAGGUCUGCGGACUGCAGUGGCGACGUCUGCCGAGGCCGGGGGCGCCGAUACGAAGCCGAGCACGCCUUCGAAAGCGAUCGACUCGCGUCCAGCUGACGCGAGCGCGGUCGAUAAGAGAGUCGCGAAUAAGGGCGAGAGGGCGAGGCACGAGAAGGACCCCUGCCUCAAGGACGACGGCGCCCCGGGGCGGAAACGAUCCAAGUACUGGGUGUUCGUGGAAGAGGACUCGGAGGAAGAGGCCCGCGGGGCGCUUGACCCGCCACGCCGUCGACGGGGCGCAAAUGACGCGCAUACGCAGCCUGACGCUCCGCAGAAGAGACGCCGGAAGGUGCGGGCGGACUUCCAAGACUUUCUGGUCUACGACUCGAACGGCGGGGCCUUCGGCGGGGCGACACCGCCCUCAGGAGGACUGCCGCAACGAGUCGCGCGCCACCGCGGCUCGCUAGCAGCAGCUGGGCGAGGGAGGGACGGCGCCGCAGACCGCCCCAGCAGCGGCAACCGCGGACGCCGAGCGAGCGGGCAGGCAGAGGCGACUGCGGAGGGGGUGCGGAGGGCAGCUACCUCGCCGCGGCGAAAUGGCGGCGCCGAGUCCGCAGGGCGCAACGGGCGCGAGCGCUUGGAAACGGGAGUGAAGACCGGCAAGAAGCGCGUUUCGCGGAAGGACACUGCACCAACCCCGGCCGCAGAUCCGAUCGACUUCUCGACUGGCGCUUCCUCCGUGUCUGGCGCCCCGUCUCGCUCAGACUCCUCUGGCAGUCGACAGUCUCCUCUCUGCCGCAGCGUCUCACCCCCCUUGCCUGAUCACCCUCACACCGCGACGCGCUCGCUUGUCGCCGACUCCGAGGGCGCUUCAGCAGCUGCGCCCGAGCGAGCAGGCCGCCGAGGCGCGCGCUGCGGGGACGCGCCCUUCCUGCCCGUGACGGAACUCGGCGGCGCGGCGCGUCCCCUGUCUCCGCGCAGCUGCAGCACCCAGGCUGGGACCCCCUGCCGCGCCCCAGCUGCGCUUCCUGCCGUCCCAGUGGAUCUGGGGGCCAACUGGCUCAUGUUCGACAUGGACGCUCCACAGUACGUCUGGCAUCUGGCGGCGCGCUUGGAGGUUCGCUCGUGCGCCCUCUGGGGGCCCGGGGGCAGCCCCGGCGAGAAGGCGGGCGCGGGCGGCACCAGCGGGGCGGUGUGGGAGCCCAUGGUCUUCGGCACGCGCUGGCUGGACGCGCGCGGAGACCCCGUGCCCGCGGGCCGCGUCACCCUCCUGUCUGACGUGAAGGACGCGGUAAUUGAGCGCGCGCGCCAGGGCGCCGCCGAUGCAAGGCGCGAGAGGCGGCGCCUGGCCGCGAGGCCCCAGCAGCCCUCGCGUCUCCCCGCGCGGCGCCCGCCUUCGCCGAGCGACGCGGGAGACAGGGGCGCGGUGGUGGAGGAGGACGCCACAGUCGCAGACGCAGCCAACGACAGGCGCAGGCAGGGGCGCCGCGCAGAAGAGGGAGAGAGGGACGCGGCGCGCCGAAGCCGAGCAAUGGAGGGAGCCGACGAGGCGAGCAGGGACGCUGAAACAAAAGGCAGAUCUGGGCGCGCGGCGGGGGCGUUGCUGCGGACUGGGGGCUCGAACUGCGCAGGGUGGAGCCUCGCGGAUGCAACUCCGCCGGAGGUCUCGAAGGGACGAAACGAGCUGGAAAAUAUUUCACCAGUCGAGCCGCCAGCAGACGUUUCGUUCGCGUCUGCCAAUGCCCAGGCGCAAGCGGUAUGCGACGCGGGAGAGGCGCGAGGCUUGAGCGGCGCAGGCGGCUCAUCUGCCGGCGACGCAGGCACGCCGAGGCAGCCGUUUGUUCCAUUUGCGAGGCCAUCUGCCUUCGGCGCUUUGUCUCCCUGUGCCCCAGCGGCCGGUGGCGCGGGGCCCCUGUCUGGGGGAAGUCCCCUCUGCGAUGCGUCGCAGCCCGCGGAUCUGAAACACCUUCCAAGUGUAGGUCCUUCGCCCUGUCCUGCCCCGGCCGCUGCACCGCAGGGGGCUCCCGGCGGGUCCUUCCAUCCCCUGAGCGCGCUGCUGCCCCCGCCGAUGCAGGCCCUUUGUCGCCAGUUCGAGGCAAAGAUCGCGGCCACCAGGCAGAAGGCGGCGCAAGAAGGGCGAGGCCCUUCUUCCAGCUCGCCAACUCCCACUGACCACGAGACACGUGCGCGCAUUCUGUCCGCGACGCUCCAGUCUCCCGUGAACGCGCUUUUCUGCCGCUUUCUUCAACAACUCGCGCUCCGCGGCCUCCCGCCCGCCAACGCCCUCCCCAAGCCGCAUGCUGUCUCUCUCCCGACGCCCGCCGGCGCCCCGACCCCUACCGGCACCGGGCCCGCGUUGGGCUCCUCAGUUUUGGGGCUCCCCACGGCCAGGUCCCUGCCCUCGGCGACUCUCACGGGCACGUGGGGCCCCCCGCCAGGUCUCGACAACAACCUUUCGCCUCCGUCCAGCGGCUCAGGCGGCGCUCCCUGCAGCGGCUCGCCGUCUGCCCCAGGGGCGCCGCGUCUUCCCUCCGGCAAGGCAGCCGCAGGCGCACAUGCUCAAGGCCCCGCCUCCGAGCCUGCCGCGACUUCUGCAGCGUCACUGAGCACAAUGACGGCGGGUCUGAGCGGCAACAAAACCCCUGGUGCGUUGGCGGACUCGCAUGGAAGCCCCACGAGCCCUCGCGAACCGCGUGAGGCGCUCGACGGCGCCGCCAUCGCAUCCGCGGCAGGACGCGACCCCGCAAAGAAUGACUCCGACCGCGUGCGCGCCGAAUCAGAAGCCGGGCGAGGCCUGCAGCCCGCUUCUGCCCGAACGGGGGCCGCGGGCACCAGUCUCGGCUCUGCGCCUGGAGAGGCCUCGGGGAGGCCGGAAUGUGUGCUGGCAGGCGACGAAGCAAAGCUCGUUCAGCUUCUUUCAGCCCCCAUUCCGCCUUUUUCGCCCGACGCUUCGCCCACAGCGACUGCAGGCGUCGGCGCCGCGCCGGCCGCGCGUUUCGGUGGCGCCGCAGCGGAGACGGUGGGGGCGCCGCUCGGACCGAGGCCCGCUGCGCUCCCGACUUGGGCUGCUGUCCCCCUUGCAGCGGGGCGGGCGGGGCCACCUGGCCCGACGCCGGGGCUUGCCGCGGCGGCGCCGAGGGCGCUGGAGGUGGGGCGACCGCUGCUGCCGGGGAAGGCCGUUGCGCCCGCCACGGUGCAGUGCCUCCUCGCUGCGUCUGCAGCCCGCCUGGCGCCCGCGUCGUCCGUCAGUCUGGCCUUCCUCGCGGAGUCGCUGACGCAGCCGCUCCCGCCCAGUUCCUCGUUGAGAGUCCCGGCCCUGUCGCAGCCGGCGCAGGGCGGCUUCUCCGCGCGUCCGCAGCAGUAUGGAGACACUUUCGAGAGACUCGCGCCAGCCCUCCGCCGUCUUCACCGCCUGCUGCUCGCUUCGCUCGCCUCGCCACUCCCUGCCGCCUAUUCCCUCACGCCCUCUACUCCAGCGGGCCCUGCAGCCCUCACCGCCGCUGCCCUCGCCUCCCGCGCCGGCGCUUCUGCUGUCUCUUCUGCACAGGCUCCUCAGGCGACCGCAGCCGGUUCGGGCGCUCCAGGCGCCGGGGCCCGCAGCCCGCUGGGGGACGGGGGCCGCCCAGGAGAGGGGAACCGAUGCGGCGGCGGACAGGAGGGCGGGCUCGUGGAAGACUCCGUGCGCGCAGAGGCGGCCGCGAAGGCGCGCGAGCGCGGGGCGUGCGGCGCGCCCGGUUGCCGCAUCGACUGCAGCAACUUGAAGACUGCGCUGAUGAGCGCGUGGCGGUGCGUCCGCGAGCACAGAGACUUGCCUGCGGGGCUGGCGAGCUUCCUCGAAGAUGGUGUAGACCGCGCGCGCGGCUCGCGAGAGGCGAAGACACGCGCUGGAAAAAACGAGAAGACAGCGGGGCGCUCCAGCGGUUUGCUCGCCGCGAGCAGGAGGCCAGACAAAGCCACUGAGGGCCCGGAGGCCGCGUCGAAGACGCCGAACGGGGCGCGCAUCCACUCAGCGUCUCGUGCGCGGCAGCGGGCGCCUCGAUCGGGCGACACCAAAGUAUCUGCGCAGACUGAAGUGAAGAGACGCGGCCUGGCUUCGUCGCGGAGGUCAUCGUCGGCUGCCGCCUCGUCCCUCACUUUCCCGCCCGUCAGUGGGGGACUCGUGGCGACGCGGGGGGUGAGGAGGAAGCGCCGAAGAGUUGCGCUGGCGGAGGAAGACGCCGGCGCGGGUACAGAGUGGGACGCAGGGCGCCGCGGGGGACUCGGGUGCAGCGCGGCGUGGGCCCCUUCGGCGGUCGGAGAGGCGGCGAUGCGGAUGCCGGCCCAGACGCACCGCCACUGGAAGAAAUCUGAUGAGGAGGUGAUUCUCAAGAUGCUGCAGCGCUCGUUCGGCUACGUGGCUGACUUGAGCGAAGUGGCCGCCGACGAACUCCUGGGCGCGAGCGAAGAAGACGUCGAAGCGGAGGAGGAGCCCCACGGGAGUGUCUCCGCCCUCCGCGACCGUCCGCCGGGGGACGCGGCCAAAGCGGCGGCGGCCGCGGUCGGAGGCGAGCGCGCGUUCGCGCUGCGAAGAGACACACGCGCCCCUGGGGAAUCGGUGGAGACGCGCGGCGGCGCCUUCAAGCUUGCGGCAUCAAGACGCGGAAGGGACAGCCUGGCGGGCGCCCGUGGAUGCGAGGGGCGCCGAGAGAAAGGGGGUCAGACGCGAGGGGACUUGCAGCUGGGCUCCAGCCGAGAGGGCGCCGACCGCGAAGAAAGCGGCGGACGCGAAGAGACAAAGGGUGAACGAAGCGCCGUGAGGCGGGCGGCGCGCGGGCGGCGGCCUUUCUUCCCGUUUCUCUCAGCAGAGAGCUACCGGCAACUGGGCCUUCGAGAAAACAUCCUCUUCGCGCGCCGGAAAUUCGAGGGCGUACCGACGCCCCAUCUCUUCGAGCCUGAAGCGGCAGAUGGCGAUCGGCUCUUCACGGAUGGAUACGCCUGGUUGCCGACGCUGCUGGUGCGCACCUUCGGCCUCGCGGAGCAUGCCCUCCUCGGCUGGCAAGCUCGCCGCGUUGAGCUGAUGCCUCCUCCCCUUUCCUCUUCUUGCUCUUCUUCCUCUCAGUCGUCUGCUCACAUCUCUUCGCCUUCCUCUUCUUCGUCGCCCGAUGCCGAGUCGCCGGUGUUGCAGGACUUGCAGAAUGAGUGCGCGGCUGCUGAGUCGCACUGCGAGACAGUCCGCAGCGCGUCUUUCGAAGCGUCCGCCUCGUGCGCGGCGCUCGUUUCGCGCGAGACGACGGAACUUUCGCCGCUUCUAAGCGACCCCGCCGCCUCCCGAGCUGGCGCGGCGGGACUCGACACCGAAGAAAAAAAUGCAAGCGAUACUCCGACGGCGCGCGACGUCGCGGAGGCCUGCGACAGCCUACGGGCCUGCUUGGCUGCCUGCGACCAGCGCGCGGAGACCUCCGCCGCGGGCCUGCAGGACAACCACCGGGCGUACGCCGAAGCGCGGAAGGCGGACGCGUCCUUCUGGCCGUGGAUUGGCUUUCCGUAUCGAGGCGUGCGCAUCGGCCUGCAAAGAUACACUCGGCAGGAGGUGGCUGUCGGCGAGGCAGAGCCGCGGCGGCGGCCUGGCGCAGGCAGCCACGGCGGCGCUGCGAGGCAGAAAGCAACGAAGGCCGAUGGUGCAACAGGAAGUCGCCGCCCGCCUGACGACGGAGCGACGUAUGUGAACCUUGAAGAGCUCAAGGUACCUGAGGCACGAAGAGAGGAGCGCGGAAACGACGCGGAGGAGGAGAAGGAAAUGGAGCAAGCGGAGGCGUGCCGCACGCAGGACAAGCGCGGGACACAGACUGAGUCGGACUGCUGCAGGUGUACGGACACCCGAGAGGUCUACGCGAUGAAAUGCAUCGUCAGCGUGCCGAUCGGCGUUCUGAAGAAAAACGUGAUUUCGUUCCAGCCCGCGCUCUCAGCCAACAAGCAGAACGCCAUAAGGCGCUGGGGUGCAGGGGCCCACAACAAAGUUAUUCUUCGCUUCACAGACGUCUUUUGGCCGCCGUCAGCUCCGUUUCUCAACCCGUCCUUCACGCCGCUUUUUCAGUUCAUGAAUCUGCAUGCUUUCGGCAAGUCGAACUGCCUCGUCGCCCACAGCUUUGGGAAUUACGGCUGGCGGCUGGUGGGGCGUGCGCGCGAGCGCCGGCGGCGGCGGAGGGACGCGCGGGCUGGGGAGGUGACGAGCGCCGCACAGAGCUGCGGCGACCACGCGAAGGCCGAAAAAGCCGCAGGCGAGGCCUUCGGGCCGCCAGUCGCGCAGGUGGAGAGGCGCGUGAAGACCGAGAGGAUGGGCGCGUCUCUGUGUGUCGAGUCGGCACAUGGAGCACGAGGAGAAGGCGUCAGACGGACGCCGCGAGCCCGCGAGGCGUUGGCCGGUUCCCGUGCCUCGUCGCGUGCUUCAGCGUCGUCGUUUCCGUGUUCGCGCAGAUCUUCCAAGCGGCGCUGCUCAGGUUCCGGCGCGGCUCGCGUCGACCCCUCUUCGGGUGUAAGUACACCGGCGCACGCGGCGGCGAGCCCGCGGCGCCGCUCCAGCCGCCUCGCGCGGCUUUCGGCGAAAGGCGAGAGUGUCCCAACAAGUGCGAAAGUCGAGUACGAAGCUGUGCAAGCUCUGGCACCGCCGGCCGACGUCGAGAGGAGCCAGGAUGAGGGUUUUUCCACCUGCGAAAAAGACGCAGAAGAACAAGGGGAAGAAGACACCGCAUUCUUUCGCGACCACUGGGCAGUGUGGGAAGAGACGCGAAGAGACGCUCCACCCGGCGGCGAAGCACUCGAGGCGCGGGCCUGCGUUCCCGAUGAAGACGUCGUGGAGGAGUGCUGCCUCGUUUUGAAGCAGAUGUUUCGCCUCGCGGAAACGCCGCGGCCUCUGCAGGCCAUCGUCACCCGCUGGGAUGAAGAUCCGCUCUACCACUGUUCCUACGGCUUCGCCUCAAAAGACUCGCGCGAGGGCGACCAGUAUCUCCUCGCGCAGCCUCAUCCCUGGGUGCCGUCGUUUCCGCUGCCUCUGAACCGUCUCGCCUCGACCGCAGACUCGCCGCCAUCGCCUUACUCUGCGCACAAGACGCUGGACCUCCUGCGGCAAACCUCUCUAAGCACUGCCUCGACUUUCCCACCCUCCUUGAUCGUUCCCCCUUCUGCCUCGUUUUCUGCUGCUUCGUCGUCUUCUGCUUCGCCUUCUUCUUCGUGUGCUCCUCCCUCUGCAUCUUCUUCUGCUUCUGCAUCUUCUUCUGCCUCUGGUGGCGCGGGCGCGCUCGUCGCCUUGUCUGGCGCGGGUGCGGCUUCUCGGGAGGCCGUCUUUUCCCCUAGUUUGUCAGACAGCUUCGUAUUUUUCUGCGGCGAACACACGAGCGACUUCGGUCAGCAAUGCGUUCACGGCGCGAUGCACUCUGGCGCACGCGCCGCCGCCGAGUGCCUCGCGUCCCUUCUUUCCUGCGAAGGCGUGCCCUGGCUAGACCCCGAAUGGGGACAGCCCCCCGCGGCUGCGCCUCCGUCCUCCUCUUCCACCUCCACUUCCUCCUCCUGUGCUCCCUCUUCUUCUUUCUCGUCUUCGUCUGGGGCUUGCGUCUCUGGCACUGGCGCGGAGGGAGGCGCAGAGGCCGCAAGGGCCGCAGGGGCCGCAGAGGCCGCAGAGGCGGCGGCGUCGAGAGGAGGGGAGACGCACGCCGCAUCGCUGAAGCGGAGCGCGGCGGAGGCUGGAAGGCAGGCGGUGGACGACUGGCGCACGUGGUGGUUUGGGACAGACAAGGCGUUCGUUUUUGGGCGCGACGCAGACACGCUGCACUCCGCGCCCUUCGACGUCUUCCUGCGCCCGGCUCUGAGCCGCGAGGCGCGCGCGAUCCUCGUGAACCGCAGACUCGCCGAGGGCCUCCGCGCAGCGCAGAGCGGCAGCGAAACGCCCAUGCAGAGCGCCGGUGGCUGCUGA